UUCUUGCAUCAUCUUCAUUUUUGUUUCUCUAGAUCUUGGUUUUUCCUCUUAGCAUAGCGAUAAGGAAGAAGAAAUUGCAGUUAUAGGAAAAUAAUCGGCGGGGGAAUCAUUUAAGAAUCUCCCAUCAAUUUCUCCGAAGUGGACUGCGGAGAACUGCGAAACUGAAGGGAGAGGUAGAAGGGAGAUGAGAUCCAGCUGGUUCUGAAUGGGCACACUAACUGGCGACUUCAUUGAUCCCACGCGAUAUCGGUGGAGGCAGGGUGCAUCGGCGGUGCUUGCUUUCUCCGGCGGUUAAAGUAUCGAUUGAGCUGCGGGGCCUGGUGAUCGAUUUCUUGGGUUUGUUUAUAGUGGUGGAUGGGAACGGCGUCGGAGGGUUCCGAGGGAGGAGGGAUUGUAGGCGACUGCGGUGUUGGGGCAAUCGUGUGGGUGCGGCGUCGCAAUGGUUCGUGGUGGCCGGGGAGGGUUGUCGGUUCUGAAGAGCUUGCCGAGUCGCAUGUCAUGUCGUCGAGGUCGGGAACGCCGGUGAAGCUUCUCGGGAGAGAGGACGCCAGCGUAGACUGUUAUAAUUUAGAGAAAUCCAAACGCGUCAAGCCAUUCCGAUGCGGGGAGUUUGAUGCAUGCAUAGAAAUGGUUGAGGCCUCUCAUAGCACUCCUAUUAAGAAAAGAGAAAAGUAUGCACGUCGGGAAGAUGCCAUUCUUCAUGCACUUGGACUAGAAAAACAACAGCUUGAAUUGCAGAAGGAAAGCACAUCUAUCUCAUGCCAUGCAGCCAAUAAAACCUUAUGCCUUUCAGAAAGAGAACCAAAUCAUUGCUCUUCUGAAGCAAACCAGGAAUCUCAAAUGCCUACAUAUAGAAGCAGAAACUUUAAGAGAAGCGUUGACGAAGAUGACAAGCAUGAAACGGCAACUCAUAAUAGUGUAGAAGAUGCUAGUUGUGAUGUUGUGAAGUUAAAUGGAAAGCUCUAUCUUUCUGUUGCUGGGGGAAAUUCUGAUAUUACUGAUGAUGAUCACAGCGAUUUGCUUCUGCAUGGCGGACAAAACUCCAGAUUUAUAAAUCAAGCAGUGACUGACACAAAUUUUUCUGUUUUUAAAAGAAAAACACUUCUGCCUAACUCAAUUAAUGACAACCCUGCUAAAAGACGAGAUAGGCGUCGCCCUCUAGUAAAAGUCUUACAGAAUAGUACAGAGUUACCUGUUUCUUAUUCUUUUCAGCCCCACCAUGAUCCCAGUGGUAAACCGUUACCUGCGGAAGAACUCCUUUUGAAUGCACAAAAGAACACUAUACACCCAUCACCCCAUGCUGAUAUUCCUUUAGAUCAUUCUAUCCAUUCAUGGAAAUGCACACCGACGGAUUCUGGGAAUGCUUUUCAGCUGCAACAGCCUGGUUGCAUGUCCGGUGAGAGCACACCAUCUGGAUGGACCGAAGAAAAUGAUUUCGAUUCUUCUGCAACAAAUUCUGAAGUUGAGCUGGUUGAAGAAAAACUUAGAUCAGGCAUCACUCAACCUCUGAAACAGACUGCCAAAAGUCCUGCUGAGAGCGGCAUGUCACACUGGCAUCUCAAAGGAAGGCGAAACAAUCGAAUUAUAUCCAAGAAGUUUGACGAAUAUGCAGAUGGGAAGAACCUAAAUGGCACAGACAAGCCCAAUGUUCAAUUUACAGAAACAACAACUUCCUAUAACAUUGGAAAAUUCGACUCUGCAACUAAAGAGCAGGCUCUUGAACCAGAAUUUUCGUCCGGAAAAGAGAUCAAUUAUGAUACAGAGGAGGAAGAUGAAGAGAUAUUUACUGGAUUAGGGACCAAGAGGGAUGAUUCAGAGAGACAACACAGCGACUAUGUAGAUUCAGAUGAUAAACGACAGUUCAUAUCAAUGACGCCACUUCAGCUAUGCAAGGCAUACUGGGAGGAUCCUGAAGAUAAUCUCGACCAGUUUUAUUCAAUCCCUUAUAGAUACGGAAUGUUCCCAGUGUUGAUUGAUGUGGACUUGAAGGUUCAAGCGAGAUAUCGAGGACAGCAUGCCCCUCUGGUUUCGUUAAUGAGCAAGCUCAAUGGCAUGGCCAUAGUAGGACAUUCUGUUCAAAUCGAAGUACUGGAAGAUGGAUCCAGCGAUCUGCUUCUUCCAUCGAACGAGUUCGAAGAUGCACCGGCUCCGCCGAUCUGGAGAACCGCUAAAAGAACUUCGAUGCACCGCCUCCCUCGAUCGAAUCAGGAUCGGCAAAACAACUCGUCUAUUGAUGACAAAUCUCUGUCGAAUCUCCCAGCUCUACAGGUUCAGAGGAAGAGGAUCUACCACGCUCACCGAUCGCCGUCCGGCAGGUUUCAGAGAAAACCUCUUAAAACAGUAAGCUUAUCUUCGAGCCAGAAAACACGAGCGCUCUCUUCAUUUGUUUCGGAGAAGAAGAACAAUGGCAGAUGUGUUUUUUUGGGUGGGUUGAUCAAAGCAGAUGGAUCAAUGCCUCCGAUAACCUGCAUCCCUAUGAAGGUGGUGUUCAGUAGGAUAUUAGAAUCAGUUGGGAGGCCAUCUGCUGCUGUGACUCACCGAGCUAUAGCAGCCAUUGCCGCAGAAAGAGGUCCGUCUUAGUUAAAUUUUUGUUACAUACAUUGCGCUCGAAACAUUGCUAUUUAUAAAUCUAGCCCUCUUUUUCAUACAUUUUUCAAAUUCUCACUCAAAUAUCGAAAUUCACGAUAAAAUACCUACCCAUAUAUAUUUCAGUUUUAUAAAAUUCUGAAUGGUUUUAUCGUGGAACAAGUAAAUGCAACAGUUCGGCAGUUUGAAAAAAUAUCCAGGUGCUAGUUUUGUAAAUAACAAUAUUUUGAGUCGUGUGUAUGUGAUCAUCUUUAAUUUUUUUUAUGCCAUCAUGAUUUAAAUUUAUUAGCUUAUAUGUGCUAUUGCUGUUCGGCUUAAGCAUGAUAGGGCCAUGAUCUCCACCAUUGUAUAUUGUUCUAAUCGGAGACCAAGUUUCAUUGAUUCGGAAGGAGCUUACCGCUAAAUUUAAUAGUUAUUGGGCUGAGGUUUGGC